UUCCGCAGCAAAGAAAAUAAACAAUCAAAUAAGAGUCUUAUCUGUUCAAUUCCAGGCACAGUUCGAGUAAAAUGGCCUGUCCUCCUUGGCUUCCAAGAUGUAAUUUUACUUUGGUCAUCUCUCGCCCAGAGCUCCCUCCCCCCCAUUUUUAGUGUCCCAUGCAAGCAAGGACUUCUUGUGGACCAGUGUCGUUGCCAAAUAAAUAGGUCGCACGCACCCUUGAGUAUGGUUGGCACGUGCAUUGUCAUGGGCUGCGCCUAUCACGCCGAUAUGACUCCCUUAAAUGAUGAGGGCGUGCAAUUCUUCCCCAUUCCUGAAGUAGACGCAGUCCGUCGAAUGCGCUGGCUGGCGGCACUCAAACCAUCAGCCAAGGUCAUCAAGGAUCAGGGUUGGCCUCCGCCUUUGGCCUGCGUGUGCAGCAGACAUUUCGUGCGAGGCAAGCCCAACUCGAACCCAAAUGACAUUGAUUUUGUGCCCUCCAUUCUCCCCAAUAAAGGUCCUACACCGAGGAAAGAUAUGACAUUGAAAAGAAUCGCGUUGUCGCCCCAAGUUGCUAUCAAGCCUUUCAAAAAAAGAGCCCCCGACUCUCUAGUCGAGGUCAAAUCGGAGGAUCCCGAUUUCGAUGAGUCGACCUUCGAAGACGUCAAUCCCAAAUGUUAUGUGUCCAGAAAGAACAAAUUGGGCAGUCAUCAGAAAUCCGUGGAAGUUCAAUGUAAGCUGAAAGCAGAACUCAAGACCGGGUUCAUUUUCCAAUCCAAAUCACUACCGUGCACCUCUAACUGGAGGAAGCAAGUCGUCAGCCACUUGGAAACGCAAUGUUACAUUCCCCAUGGCCUUCAUGAUCCCAUUGUGGGGGAUGUCAAUGGUCUCAGUUACAAUCCAUUCCUGUCUCCUCAGAACACUCCCGCUGUUGUUGGACUGCCUAACUUGGGAUUGGACUUGGUGGUGCUAAUGCUCAAGAAUUGUGUGCCAGCUUCCGGCGUUUUGAGUCUGGAUGAGCAGGUCAUGUUGUUCCUGAUGAAGCUCAAGCACAAUCUACCCUUCUCGUUCUUGGGACCCUUGUUCAGAAUCAGCGAGAACUUAUCUAAAGAGAUAUUUCUCGAAGUCCUGAGAGCGACGGCCCUCAAAGCCAUUUCCUAUGAAUGGUGGCACUCGAUGUCCAAAGUGAACUUUGGAUCCACUUUGGCGUUCAUGAGCAACUACGACAAAUGCAGGGGUAUCUAUGAUUUUAUGGAGAUCAUGGUACAACCCAAAAUGGUCCAAAUGGCCGCGAAUCCAUUGACCUUCCCCGCCAGUUCAAACUCUGCGGCCUUCAAGAUGAGAACAUUAAUGGUUGUGACUCCUUCGGCAAGCAUCGCCUUUCUAUCAGAGGCUCAAUCAUACCACAUCUCUGAAGUGGAGCUAGUAAAUAAAUCUGGAAUCUUAGAUCGACUGCACCCUGGAGACGUCAUACUUUCGGACGAGGAAUUGCCUAAAAUUAUUGAAGAGAGCAUGGGUAAAUUCGUGACAUUGUCACCUGAUUCAUCAGGGAGUCUUCAAGGAAACAAACGGGGCGCGUCUCCCCGUAAAUUUGUGCUGAAUUGUGCCCAGAAAAUGAGAAGCUUUCAAAUUAUCAACUACCUCGAGAAUGAUCUGGUCAAGGAGAUCGAUAACAUUCUGACUUGUGUUGCUUUCCUCACGAAUCAUUUUCCUGACAUCGAUAUCACUCCCAAGAAAUAGACACAUCUUCAAGAAUGACUUUGUC